AAAGCGGCAGCAAAUCAUCUGGUUCCGGUUCCGUCUACUCCGAAACUUCCAGUGGCGCUUCCAGCGGUUCGAAUGAGGGUACAACUAGCGGUGGAUCUCAUAGUUCUGGUUGAAAAGGAUAGAAGGAAAAGGAAAGAAUGGAUGGAUGAAAUAAAGAUAUAUAAAAGCAAAAUACGUUCAUGGUUGUGUUGUAGAGCCUAUAUUGUUGUUAUUGUCCUCCCAAAAAAGAUUUUGUAUUCCCUCCUUCCAUUAUUGUAUUCAAUCACAUGUAGGUAUGUAUGUAUAAUAUGCAAUUAA